CAAGUCAGCCAGGGUAAACUAAUGAAAAUAUGAUUAUUCCUUGCUGAACUGUCGAACUGUUUAAAUUGUGUAGGAAUCAAUUUAAUUCUAUAAAGGAUACACACAAUUUUAUUGUCUUUCUAUAUUAAUAUAUACCAUUUUUAUACUUGAAUUUGUUUUUCUCGAACAGUAAACAAUAAAAAAUGGUGUCCGGUGGAAUGGCUUGCAUCAAAUACCUGACGUUUCUUUUCAACCUAAUAUUCGCAAUAACUGGAAUUAUAUUUAUUGCUGUUGGUACUGUGAUUCUAGUAGUUUACAGUGGCUAUAAUAAUUUUAUGGAUAGCUGGUUCUUUGCAGCACCAAUAUUGAUAAUUAUAGUAGGUGUUAUUGUAUUUAUUGUAUCAUUCUUUGGUUGUUGUGGUGCAGUCAAAGAAAAUCAUUGUAUGAUAAUAACGUUUUCUGUAUUACUACUCUUAAUCUUUGCACUUGAACUUGGUGCUGGGAUUGCUGGAUAUAUGAUGCGUGGAGAUGUACAUGCAAUGGUAGAAAAUCGAUUAAAUAUUACUAUGGAAGAAUAUACAACCAAUGAUGAUAUUCAUAGGUCUUGGGAUAUUAUGCAACAUGAUUUACAAUGUUGUGGAAUAAUUGGUGCAACAGACUGGGCUCAUGUUGGAUUCUCAGACAAUAUUGUACCAAAUUCUUGCUGUAAAGAAGUACCAGAAGGAAAUAAAUGUGAUUCAAAUUCAAUUCAUAUACAUUCGAAUGGUUGUAUGAACAAUCUUCAAUCUGCUAUUGAACAUAAUGCUUUGAUUUUGGGUGGAGUAGGCAUCGGUAUUGCUGUUAUUCAGUUAAUUGGUGUAAUCUUUGCAUGUUGUCUGGCACGUUCAAUUCGCCGUGAAUAUGAAACUGUCGAGACUGCAGCGCACUGAUUCAACACCGAAUAGGAGGCAUUAUAACUAAAUAUUAUUCGUCGUGCAUUCAUUAAGAAAAUAAUUCUAGAGUCGUCGCAAGACCAUUUAUUUAGAAUAUGACUGUAGAUUAAUCGAUAUUUAUCUGCAGUCUAGAUUAAGAAAAAAGAAAAUUAUUGGAAAAUAUAAUUCUAUGUACUGCCAUUAUCUGCCAAAUGAUUGAAACCAAAUAUCUUUUUCUUAAACUAUUGUUUCUGAAAUUAAAACUUAUGGCAUAAAAACAUGAAAAAGACUUAAAAAGAUUACUAUAUAUUUGACUUGAUGUUUGUUAUAAUCCAAAAUUGCAACAUUUCUCAAAACUUGAAAACAAAAUCUUUCAAAUUUUAAUUAUAAAUCUGAAAUUGAUUUCAAUUAUUAUUAUAAAACAUAUAUUUUUGCAUAUAUACACA